CGGACUGCGGGGCUUAGGAGGAGAAUCUCGGCUGGCCGCCUGCCUUUCUUCUCGCUGACUUUUCUCCAAUGGUCCAAAGCGACAUGUCCAAGUCGCCUCCCAUCCCGGCGGUGGCGGCAGCGGCGGUGGCGCAGGAGAUCCAGAUGGACCUGCUGGAUAAUCCCUUGCCCGCGGCGCCGCUGGGAGUUGCAGUACAGGCUUAUGGAAAAGGGGCCAGAAGAAAAAAUAGAUUUAAAGGAUCUGAUGGAAGCACCUCAUCUGACACUACCUCAAAUAGUUUUGUCCGUCAGGGUUCGGCAGACUCCUACACUAGCCGUCCAUCUGAUUCAGAUGUCUCUCUGGAGGAAGACAGGGAAGCAGUUCGGAGAGAGGCAGAGAGACAGGCCCAGGCCCAGCUGGAAAAAGCCAAGACAAAACCUGUCGCGUUUGCAGUGCGGACCAAUGUCAGCUACAGCGCAGCCCAUGAGGAUGACGUCCCGGUACCAGGCAUGGCCAUCUCGUUCGAAGCAAAAGAUUUUCUGCAUGUUAAGGAAAAAUUUAACAAUGACUGGUGGAUAGGGCGGUUGGUAAAAGAAGGCUGUGAAAUAGGAUUCAUCCCAAGUCCGGUUAAACUAGAAAACAUGAGGCUACAGCACGAGCAGAGGGCAAAGCAAGGAAAAUUCUACUCCAGUAAAUCAGGAGGAAAUUCAUCAUCCAGUUUGGGUGACAUAGUACCUAGUUCCAGAAAAUCUACACCUCCAUCAUCUGCUAUAGAUAUAGAUGCUACUGGCUUAGAAGCAGAAGAAAAUGAUAUUCCAGCCAACCACCGCUCCCCUAAGCCCAGUGCAAACAGUGUAACAUCACCCCACUCCAAAGAGAAAAGAAUGCCCUUCUUUAAGAAGACAGAGCACAUUCCUCCUUACGAUGUGGUGCCUUCUAUGCGACCGGUAGUGUUAGUGGGGCCUUCUCUGAAGGGCUAUGAGGUGACAGAUAUGAUGCAGAAAGCACUGUUUGAUUUUUUAAAACACAGAUUUGAAGGGCGGAUAUCUAUCACAAGGGUCACAGCUGACAUCUCGCUUGCCAAACGCUCAGUGUUAAACAAUCCUAGCAAGCAUGCGAUAAUAGAACGCUCCAACACAAGGUCAAGCUUAGCUGAAGUUCAGAGUGAGAUUGAAAGAAUAUUUGAACUGGCAAGGACUUUGCAGCUGGUAGUCUUGGAUGCAGACACCAUCAAUCAUCCAGCCCAGCUCAGUAAAACCUCUCUGGCUCCAAUUAUAGUCUACGUAAAGAUUUCUUCUCCAAAGGUUUUGCAAAGGCUAAUAAAAUCUAGGGGAAAAUCUCAAGCAAAACACCUCAAUGUCCAGAUGGUGGCAGCUGAUAAACUGGCCCAGUGUCCACCAGAAUUGUUUGAUGUGAUCCUGGAUGAAAACCAGCUUGAAGAUGCCUGUGAACACCUUGCUGACUACAUGGAGGCCUACUGGAAGGCCACGCAUCCUCCCAGCAGCAAUCCACCCAACCCUCUCCUUAGCCGCACUCUAGCCACGGCAUCUCUUCCUGUCAGCUCCACCCCAGCCUCCAAUUCACAGGGUUCUCAAGACCAGAGGAAUGACUAUUCUGCUCCCACCUGCUUUGCUUCCCAAGCUGAGGAGGAGCCCUGUCUGGAGCCGGUCAGGAAAUCUCAACACCGUUCCUCCUCUUCAGCACAGCACCACAACCAUCGCGGUGGCCUGGGCCGAGGCCUCUCCAGGCAAGAGACGUUUGACUCGGAAACCCAAGACAGUCGAGACUCAGCCUAUGUUGAGCCAAAGGAGGAUUACUCCCAUGAGCAUGGAGACCACUACGCCCCUCACCGGGAUCACAACCACAGGGAUGACCUGCGCGGGAACAGUGACCACAGACACCGAGAAUCUCGGCACCGGUCUAGGGAGGCUGACCGAGAGCAGGACCACAAUGAAUGCCACAAGCAGCGCAGCCGACAUAAAUCAAAAGAUCGAUACUGUGACAAGGAUGGAGAAGUGAUAUCCAAAAAACGGAAUGAGGCUGUGGAGUGGAACAGGGAUAUUUAUAUCCGACAGUAACUUGAGCCUUUGAGGCACUUUUUGGCUUGUUUCUUGGAAGUCUUGUAAAACAGCCACUCUCCCCAACCCCCCCCCCCCCCCAAAAAAACCUCACAAAAUAUUUUGGUUCUCCAUCACAAAUCAAAUGGUAUCUCUCCGUCUUGUACAGUUUGUAUUGCUGUUGCUUGCAGAGCAAUAGCAUGAGAUAGAAUAUUCACAUACUUUUUUAUUAUUUUUGGAAGUGCUAUAUUGACUCACCUGGUACAGUUGCAGGCGUCUGGUGUUGUACUUGACUUUUACAAAGCUGUUUUUGGUAGCUGCCCCUUGAACAAUAUCUACUGCCAUCUUCAGAUGGUGUUAGUGUUUUAAACAAGCUAGAGUUGAUGUGUAAUAAUCUCCUGUGUAUUCAGCAAGCCAGAGUCAGCCUACACAACAAACAAAAUUGUAUUUUCUCCCAAUUUGCAUAUUCAUUUAAGGACCACUAUCUGUUGCUUGUACCUCUGGUUGACUAAAUUUGGGGGACAGAUUCAGUCUUGCCUUACACAAAGGGGAUCAUAAAGUGAGAAUCUAUUUUCUAUGUACUGGUACUGUGUACUGUAUAUACAGUUUGUAAAUGUUAUUUCUGUAAACACCUUCUUAUUAUAUCAGUUUGAUCACACUAUUUUAAGAGUCCUAAUGCCAAGUCAGCAGAUUUGCUUUUGAAUUACAGGGACUGGAGAUGCCCUCAAUUCAGGAAAUUUGUAACAACAUUCAGUCUUGAUACUUUUCCCUCUGUAGUAGAAAGUCUCCUGUACAUAAUGUAAAUAUGUGUGAUUGCUUGAGAUAAAGAAAGGUUUAAUUCAACAAUGCCAUACCAUCCUUACAAGCUUAUCAUUUUGACCAUAAGGUAUGGUAAAGGUACCAAACUCUAGAAAUUAAUUAUUCUAGUCCAUAGGAUUCACACUGAUUGUAACAAACACAUUCUUAGUAGUUAGUGUCUGUUAGAGUCAUAGCACUGGAGCAUAUGAGCCAGAAAUCUUUGCAUGCAGGGGUAUGUGUAUGUGUGUAUCUGUGUGUGAGUGUGAGAGAGUGUGCGUGUAUGUGUGUGUAUGGUAUGUAUGUUACAGUGAGUGUGAAAGGGUGACAUGAAUCUGAAUGCAAAAAGAGUCUGUUGAAGAAAAAACAGAGACUGAUACUUAAAAUUCUGCCCAAUUGGAUUUCUAUUUUGUUGUGCUCUACAUUACUUUAUUAAUCCAAUGUGCAGUCAGGGAAUUUGAGGAAAUUUGCUGCCAAAGGUAAAUGGGAAAGCAUAAUCUGCUGGCUCUUUUUGUGAGACUCCCAGAGAGUAAACACAGGCACUUGUUACUGUGAGUGUUUCACUGGAAAUGGUACAAUCUUUGUGUUUUAUAGUACUUGUUUUAGGAAGAAAAGUUUACACAGCUUGUGGAAUUAUUUUGUGGGAAAAUAAAUUUUUGUAGUUUCUCCCACUUCAUUUCUACACUUGCCAAUUACUCCCAUCAAUUCUUGUCAUCUGUUGUUCCUACUCUUCUACCUUCCCUCCCAUAUCUUUCCAAAUCAAGCAAUUUUGGUGUUUGUCAGAAACCUAGAAAGUGAUUCUUGUAACCAAAGUCUCUGCUAUUUAGAAUUAACCAGGUCCAAAUGAGUUGACCUGAGCCACUAGUAAAAUGUGGGGAUAUUUUUCUUCACUAGACAUCUGCUUUGAAGAAGAAUGCCUAGAAGAUACUAUCUCCUGCCUUCAGUUAUUCUGCUGUAAAUGAUUGAAAAUGUUGCUAAUAGUUUUAAGACAAAUAUAGAUGUCUGUAAGUGCACAUGUUAUCCAGACAUCAUUGGAUGGGUAAUGUUAUUAUUAGGUGUCUGAGUUUUUAGCACUUGGAGUUUAUUCUGGAAAAACAAUGGAUAUAAUGGCCUGACUUCAAAUAUUGUCCAUUUAAAAAAAAAAAAGAGAUUCCAUUUUUUCCAAUGCCCUUGUUGUUUAUUCUAGCCUCUAGCCGGUAGUUUUAAUCCUUUAAAUUAAUAUUUAUCAUGAAUUUGGCUUUCUUCCCUCUCAUAACCCCACUUCCCUACCAUGAAGGAAAAAAAAAGCAUACUUUGAGAUGAACUUACCAGAGCAAGUGGAGUGCUUUAUCUACCCAUUUCCUGAAUAUUUUUUUUCCCCUUCAGGAUGAGACACUUUUGUAUAUAAUGUAGGUAAAUGAUGCUCAGUAAUUAGAACUCUUACACUGUUAAAACAGAUUUAUUUAUUGUAUCGUACCAACAGUGGCUAUAAUGGACAUGUUCAAAUCUUGUUGCAUCAGUGAGAACUUCAUUCCAAUAACCUUGCUUUAAAAAAUGUUUUAGCUAAAAUAGACAGCUGUAUGAUACUCAUCCCUACUCUUUCAACAUAUCAUGUUGGCCAGCUUGCUGGCUCUGAAUCAUUUAUAUUCUUAAAAUGUGACUAAUAUUCCAGACUGUCUCCACCAGUUCAUUCCCCCCUUCCUUAGCUCUACAGAAUUCCAUCUUAUUUAUCUUAAGGCUAUUUUUUUUUUUUUUUGCAUUUCUCAUACCUUUAGAUAAAGUUUUAGUUCCAUUUCAAGUCCUACUUAUGGAUUCUUUUGUGGGGCUGCAAAUCUUUGAACCGUUAUACAUGAAAAAUUAUCCAGUGGGCAUAAAUGUAAUCAAAGUGGCAAAGUUACAAAGCGUAAUCCCUGGUAUGAUGAGAUUUUAUCAGUUUGUGGAAUAUAAAGAUGGAAUCUUUUCACGAGUGCUUUUGUCAUUGGCAUACUCAGUUGCAGCAUCAUGGUUUGGGUAGUCAAUCUUGAGAAAUGCUGGAAAUAGUAACUGUGUUCUUGUCCUUUUCAUUUCCAUUUUUCCUUUCUAUGCUCCUUCUCCACUGCUGAUUUCAUUUACUGUGGCAAAAAGGUGCUGCUAAACAUAGGGACUAGUUUUAGACAUACUGUCCUUUGGGAUGUCACCACCCUUUUGACAUGGUUUGCUAUGCAUUCCAGUUGAGAGACAUUCACUUGUCAGCAGCUACUCAGAACUGUUCUUCAAUAAUCCUGGUUUAAAAUCAUCCAUAUGAAACAAAUAAAGAGCUGGCUUCUGCACUGUUUA